UUGCCCUGCCUCUUCCUCUCCAGCUUGAUUCGUCGUCUUUUCGUGCUCUGGUUUGGUUUCGUCUCAUAGUCCUCGUCGUCUACCUGCCGACAUCAUCUUACUCUUCUCUAUCUUUGCCUUUUGUGUCAUUUUCUUUCUCUACCUCGUCUUCCGCCGUCUUCGUCUUCCCAUCAUCAUCAUCCUCGUCUUCGUCUUUCUCGUGUAAUCCUCACACACCCAACAUUCACAAAUAGAAAUGGAAGUCUGGGAAGGACGUUGCACAUUAAUAGGGUAGGAUUUUUAAUUUAGAUUGUGGAAAACCAUGAAUUCAAAAUCGCCCUUUUUCUCGUUAAGUCAGCAGAACUGAUGAACUAGUAAAGAAUUUCGAAAUAUAGCGCUGAGGUAUCUACAAUAUCGAGAGGCGAAGACAAGCACUCCACCACAAAACUACUCUGUUGUGGUGUCCGGGUUAUGAAAUCUUAAUUUAUUGACCCUGGUGUGAAUUCAAGGGCAAUUUGUUGCUGUUUUAUUCUGCUGUGUUCGGUGAUGUGAGUUGGACGCAUGUUAGAAAUUGAUUGUGUCCGAUGCUAACGACCGUCUCACAUAAAAGCUCGAAUUUUUUGGGAGACUAAGCCAUUAGUUAUAUAUCCGCAAACGGGAGUACCCAAAGCGCCCCCUCAGGUGCAAGUGGAGGUAUGCUAAACUUGCAUAUGCAUAUGUGCACAAAUGGGGACGGUGGGACUCGAACUCGAGAUCUAAAAUAGGCUCUGAUACCAUGUCGGAUGCUAACGACCGUCUCAACAGAUUGAAAGUGAAAUGGUUGUUAUUUCCAAGAACAAGGAAAUUUUGGGCAAAAGAAGCUACAAGUGCGGGAUUUACUUUGAAUUGUUUUGGGAUGUGGAUGGAGGAAAUUAAGGGCAAUGGAUGUGGAGAAUAGAUUGGACAGUGGCAAUGGAAUGAUAGAAUCAUGUGAUGGAAUGAUUGAAUCAUCUUUCACAGGGGACUUGACAUCAUUUGAAUCUGACAAACAUAGUGGGCCAUAUGAAGGUAUGGUGUUCGACUCAGAGGCUGCUGCUAAGGCAUAUUAUAAUGAAUAUGCUGCAAGGGCAGGCUUUUCGACCCGUGUUUUAUCAUCCCAUAAAUCAGAACAUGAUGGGUCAGUUAUUUCACGUGGAUUGGGAUGUAGAAACAAUUCUAAUGUUCAGAAAUCAGGCAAUGUCUGCAGUGAUGCAGGCGAAAAACGGGAAGACGGUUGUGCCGCCGUGUUUGUAAUAAAGAGAGAGAGUGAAGGGAAGUGGAUUGUUCGGAAGUUUGUGCGAGACCAUAACCAUCCAUUGGUAGUUUCAUCACCCAAGAGAUGGCUAACUUUCGAUGAGAAGGAUAAAAGGAUUCAAGAGUUAACUGCAGAACUACGAAUAAAGAAACGUCUAAGUGCAGCAUAUAAGGAGCAACUACUUAUUCUCAUGAAAGAUGUUGAAAACCAUAAUGAUCAUUUGACAUCAAAAAUACAUAUCAUACGGAAUAAUCUUACAGAACUUGAAGGAAGAAGGCAGGAAUUCUCAGGCAACACCAAACCAAACUUCUAGAGUGAGUAGUGUGUAGCAUCUACUGUUUUAAGAUUCAUGCAUAGAGCUAUAUUCUUUACUCAUUUUCCGAAGAUUGUAUUCAGUUACUAAACUUGGCUUCAUUGCAAAGCUUAUCCUGAUAACAGUGUGAUAUGUGAAUGUGGACAUCCUUUCUAGGACAUUUUCAGAAAUGACCUGAUACA